AUGGAAAAAGUUUGUUACUUGGAUAAUGUUGCAGAGGAUUUUCUGUCAUUGGUGGACUUAAGACAGGUAGAGAAAGGGCUUGGUUACAAUGUAGACAUUUCCAACCCCAAACCAAAUUUGGAAAUAUGGUAUAGAAAGGGUGGAACCCAUGGUGUAGGUGGGCUUGAACUUAUCAACUUUGAUGCUAAGCUGAUUGACAUGUUGGGCCAAAUGCCAUGUAAGAGGAUUGUUGUGUUGUACUAUAUUAAAGUGGGCAAUUCUAAUAUAGUUUGGAGUCAAGCAUCUUUUGGGUGCCAAGGUUUGGAUGGUGCAGACAAUUAUGCAGAGGUGCAACACAAUGUUCAGGUGGAAGAUGAAAUUGAGGUGCAAGAGAAAAAUAAAGAUGAAGCUAAGGUUGUAGACAGUGAAGAGGAUGAUGGAGAAUUUGUUAAUAGUGAUUACGAGUUCAAUGAAGAAGAAUUUGGGUUUAAGACAGUUGAAGUGCCUGUUCAUGAAGGGGCAGAGGACACUAUGAAUGAUAGCAAUGAGGGGCCUACUUUUUUAGCUCCUGGAGAGGUGUCAUCAGAUGGUGAGCACACCUCAGAUUUUGAUACUGAAAGUGAGGUUGAUGGGGAUGAUAUGGAAGGACAAGUUCUUAAAAAGGCACUCAGGGAAUAUUCCAUUAUUCAUGGAAGGAAAUUGUUCUUUGAAAAAAAUGACAAGAUGAGAGUAAAGGCAAUUUGUAGAGGAGGAUUAAAAUGUCCAUUUGUGCUUUAUGCUUCACAAUUAAACCAAGAUGUGCAAACAUUUGCAAUUAAGAAGUUGAGCUUAGAACACACAUGUGAGAGGGUGGAGAAACUGAAGUUUGCUAAUCCAAAAUGGAUUUGUGAGAGAUUUUCUAGCAAGAUUAAGAGAAACACAUAUUGGAAUCUGAAAGCUUUUCAAGGAGAAGUUUUGGAGUCCUAUCAUGUGAGGGUGUCCAAAACUCAAGUGUAUAGGGCAAAGAGAUUGGUUAAAGCACAAAUUGAAGGAAACUACAUACAGCAAUAUGCACGGUUGUGGGACUAUGUAGAGCAGUUGAAGAAUACCAACAAAGGAGUUGAUGGUAAUAAUGGUCUUUUCCCAAUUGCAUAUGCUGUGGCUGAGAUUGAAAACAAGGACUCGUGGAUUUGGUUUCUAUCUUUGUUGAUUGAAGAUUUAGGUAUUACAAAUGGUUUAUCUUGGGCUUUCAUAUGUGAUAAGCAAAAGGGGCUCAUACUUGCCAUUGCAUAUGUACUACCAAUUGCAGAGAUUAGGAUGUGCGUCCGGCACUUGUACAACAAUUUCAGAGCAACACAUCUUGGUCUCACUCUUAAACACAUGUUGUAG